AUGGACGCAAGAAUCACCAGAGUGGAGGAGCGUUUGGGACGUGUGGAGGACAGCAUUGAGUCGUUACGUGACUUCAUUGGUUCUGAAAUUCAGAGGGCUUUGACGGCGGUUCAAGACAAUAUUACAGCAUGGGCUGGCAGCAGUGUUUACUACCUUCUAAAUUUAUGGUCUAAAUCAGUGACAUCUGUGCGCUAUCUCAAGAGUGACAAACCUAACCUGCUAGAGGAAUAUGUCCCUAAAGUUAUAGAAUGUUUUGUGUCAUCGAGAUUUGAUUCAUUACAGUCUGAACUAUCUGAUGAACUCGGUGAAGACCCACUUGACAAUGUUGAAGUACUUCAAGAUCAGCUUGAAUUUUUUCCUUACCUAUGUAGAUUUCAGUAUGAAGGUUGCAGUUCAUACUUAAUGAAGAUAGUGGAGCCUAUCAUGCAAAGCUAUAUGAAGGAAGCAAAUCUCCAAAUCCCCAUGGAUAGUUAUGAACUUUCUAUAACAGAGUCCAAACUUGCUUGGUUCACACACAUAGUUGCUGCAAUACUCAAGACAAAGCAGAUGUCUGGUUUUAGUGGAGAAUCACAUGAGAUACUCGAUGCAGAGAUUUCAGCAUGUGUUCUGCAAUUGGUAAAUAUUUCUGACAGUGGGAUUCACAAUAAGGUAUAUGAAUAUUCAAGGAUAAAAUUUGGUGUAUCUUAUAAUAUUUGAAAUGCUGCAUGAUCU